ACAAACGCAACAUGUGGUCCUUUUCUUGAAACCGGUAUUUCCGAAAAGUUAAUGAAUAAGAAAUUAACGAUUUCCUAUAUAUAUUCAUGUCUUAAUUAUAAGAAAUCACCUGCAGAAACACUCAACAACAACCUUACAAAGCUCUCUAAUUAUUUAAAAUAGGGUUCUUUUUUUAUUAUUGUUUGGAAAAUACAUCUAUAUAACCGUCUCUUUCUUCGGGAAACUACUUAUUAUUUAUAAUGAAUGACCCAAUUGUUUAUCUAACACGGGUAGAAUCCUUCAGUGCAGCCCAUAGAUUACACAGCCCCCAUCUAAAUGAUGAAGAAAAUCGACUACUUUAUGGAAAAUGCAAUAAUCCCAAUGGACAUGGGCAUAAUUAUAAAGUUGAAGUUACAGUUAAAGGAAAGUUGGAUAAGAAGACCGGUAUGGUAAUGAAUAUUACAGAUUUGAAGGAAAUAAUGCAGAAAACUAUUAUGGAAUUACUUGAUCACAAGCACUUGGAUAAAGAUGUUCCUUAUUUUAAAGAUACUGUCAGUACUACAGAAAAUGUAAGUGUUUUCAUCUGGAAUCAGUUGUCAAAUUCUCUGCCAACUGGUAUGCUUCAUUGUGUGAAAAUUCAUGAAACUGAUAAAAAUGUGGUAAAAUUUUAUGGUGAAUAUUUUAAAAAUUGAAUUAAUUAUUCAAAAAUCGUGUCUGUAAAAUUUGUUAUGUUCUAAAAAGUUGUUAUUUUUCAAUUGUUUAUUCUGUUAUUUGCCUGUUAGUUGACCAAAAUAAAUGUAUUUAUGA